CCCUUGGGGUAGUAGAAAAUUCAGGCGGUGAGCGUGGGAGGCCGGGGGCCGGUGACUCCGCCGCCAGCCGGCAGGAGUGGGACUUGGGCCCCGGCAAGCCCCUCAUCUGUGCGGGCUUCACUCUCCACAUCUGCUAAUUACCUGCAUGAUCUCAGCCUCCGGCCGGGUGUCAACUUGCAGCCUCGUGUUCAGUUCAAGCCACUUAGCUGGUCUCAGAUCAGACCCAGUUCCCAACCGCUUGCAGGGCCCUGGCACCAAAGAGAGAAAGGAACUCGAGGGUCCCACUUGACUGAAAAGCCCAGUGUGCUCCUGCUGCGGGCACGGUGGAUCUCGGCUGGGCAGUGCUCACCUCCGUGGCAGCUCCAUGCUCAGGCAGAUGAGCAGCAGCAGCAGUAAGAGGGCCCCUACGACAGCGACUCAGCGGCUGAAGCAGGACUACCUGCGGAUCAAGAAAGACCCCGUGCCUUACAUUUGCGCCGAGCCCCUCCCGUCCAACAUUCUGGAGUGGCACUAUGUGGUCCGAGGACCUGAGAUGACCCCUUAUGAAGGUGGCUAUUACCAUGGAAAGCUGAUUUUCCCCAGAGAGUUUCCUUUCAAACCUCCUAGUAUUUAUAUGAUCACUCCCAAUGGAAGAUUCAAGUGCAAUACGAGGCUGUGUCUUUCCAUCACGGAUUUCCACCCAGACACAUGGAACCCGGCCUGGUCUGUGUCCACCAUCCUGACUGGGCUCCUGAGCUUCAUGGUGGAGAAGGGGCCCACCCUGGGCAGCAUAGAGACAUCAGACUUCACGAAGAGACAACUGGCUGCACAGAGUUUAGCGUUUAAUUUAAAAGACAAAGUCUUUUGUGAAUUGUUUCCCGAAGUCGCAGAGGAAAUUAAACAGAAGCAGAAAGCACAGGAUGAACUCAGCAGCAGACCCCCGGCUCUCCCGCUCCCAGACGUGGUUCCAGACGGGGCCGCGCACCACGGCCAGAACGGGCUCCAGCGCCUCAAUGCGCACGCGCCGGGGGCCGCCCACCUCGCGGGCCUGCAGCAGGCCAACCGGCACCACGGACUCCUGGGCGGCGCCCUGGCGAACUUGUUUGUCAUAGUGGGCUUUGCCGCCUUCGCCUACACGGUCAAGUACGUGCUGAGGAGCAUAGCUCAGGAGUGAGCCGCACGCCACCGCCGGCACACGUGGUCGCCAACAGGGGACGCCGGGCCCAAGCCUGCCACUGGCUGGCCGUGCCGCCGAGCGCAGGGCGGACCCGCCUGACUCGUGGGGUUAGCUUUUCAAAAACCUUUAAGAGGAAAACAAAAGCCAGAGUGUGUGGUUUGGAUUUGGAGCAGCCGCGAGAUCGCGAGCCCCUGUCCUCGCCUGGGGCCUGCCGGCGGCCUGGAGCUCGGGUGUCGAGGAGGAGGGCCUCGCGCUGUGGGUAGAGCUUAUCUCCUGUAUCGUCUCUUGGACCUGUUUUAGUAAACCCGUUUUUCAUUUUAUUAGAUUUGGUCACUUAAAAAUACAAAACUCGAUGCCCACAAGUGCUCUGCGUGCGUUCUUAGUCCCACGGAGCUCCGACCCGCCAGGCAGGAGCCGGUCCCAGGGAUGCGCUCGGCUGCGUGGGCGAGGGCCUGGUGGUGGGGCCCGGGGCGGGCUGGCCAGGGAAGGCCACGGACGGGGUCCAGGGAGCAGGGUUUGGCUCAGGCGCCUUCAUGCUGUUCGCCUGGAAUGCAGCAGCUGGCUCCCCGGAAGGCGCUCCUUGUGUUGGUGAGGUUGAAGGUAGGAGUCUGCUCUCUCUGACCACAAGGUGUCGUCCUCCUGAGGGGGUGGCCCCUCCCCGCCAGGCUCCUGGUACCCGCAGAACCCGCCUCUCAAUCCAGGAGCUCCCUCCUGUGCUGGUGGGGGCUGGAGUCCCCCAGCAGUCCCUGAGGGGUCCCCACCCGACAGGUGGUUUCCAUGCACUUGGGCGCUUGCCUCGUACCUGGUCUAUACCUUGGGUUGACCCUCGAGGUAGGCUCAUGUGUUCCUUUUUCCAGUGGACCCGUGCCAGCUACCAGCCCUUCCUAGAAGGUGACACAGGGCUGGGCGUCACAAGGGGAAGGCUGUCCUGGGAGGACCGGCCAAGUUCAGAGGUGGGCGGCCAGAGGCGUGUCAGUUUUGGAUUGCUGACGUGUUCCCGGUCUACGUCUGUUUGCUGAUUUCACCUGUGGGAGCCACCGGAUGACACACUGGCCUCACUCCAGAGGCCAGCGGGAAAACUGAAGUGCAGCCAUGCGUUUUUACAUCUUUGAUUUCCUUUGGUUUUUGAUCAAUUUAUUUAAAAUUGCCCUAUAAUUUACCACUUGUAUGUAUUUAAUCCACCCUUGUGAAAAAAAUUUUUUCAUUAUAUCUUUGUUCCUAAA